UGACGCUGUACGGCGUGUUCACCAACCACUACUCUGCAAAUGGCCCAUCUCGCUGUCUCCUGCUGGAGCUGCUGGACAUCAGUGUGUCCGAGCUGCUGCUGCACUCUAGCAACCAGGGCUGCUCCAUGUGGAUGAUCCAGCACUGCGCCCGAGAUGUUCUUGAAGCCCUGGCUUUCCUGCACCACAAAGGCUACGUGCAUGCAGACCUUAAGCCACGCAACAUCCUGUGGAGCGCAGAGGAGGAGUGCUUUAAGCUCAUUGACUUUGGACUUAGCUUCAAAGAGGGGAAUCAGGAUGUGAAAUAUAUUCAAACAGACGGGUAUCGGGCUCCAGAGGCAGAACUGCAGAACUGCCUGGCGCAGGCAGGGCUCCAGAGUGAGACGGAGUGUACCUCUGCUGUGGAUCUGUGGAGUCUGGGAAUUGUUUUACUGGAAAUGUUCUCAGGAAUGAAACUGAAACAUACAGUCCAAUCUCAGGAAUGGAAGACAAACAGUUCUGCCAUCAUUGAUCGCAUAUUUGCCAGUGAGGGGGUGGUUAAUUCAGCCAUUCCAGCUUAUCACCUCAGAGACCUUAUCAAAAGCAUGCUUCAUUGUGACCAAGGAAAGCGAGCCUCCGCUGAGAAGGCUUUAUGCAGCCCGUUCUUCAGCAUUCCCUUUGCUCCCCAUAUUGAAGAUUUGGUGAUGCUCCCCACGCCUGUGCUGAGGCUGCUAAAUGUCCUAAGCGAUGCUUCUCUGCAGUGCGAAGAAGAAUAUGAAGAUAUCUUGGAAGACAUAAGGGAGGAGUGUCAGAAAUAUGGACCGGUGGUUUCCUUGCUUAUUCCAAAGGAGAAUCCUGGUAAAGGCCAAGUCUUUGUUGAAUAUGCAAAUGCUGGUGAUUCCAAAGCUGCCCAAAAAAUGCUGACUGGAAAGAUUUUUGAUGGCAAGUUUGUUGUGGCUACAUUUUACCCACUGAGUGCCUAUAAGAGAGGGUAUCUGUACCAAAACUUGCUAUAGGCAGUAGCAACAAUCAGGAGAGUUGUCUUGUUCCUCUUCCUCACGUGUUUUACAGUUGAAUGUGCAAAAGAGCUUCCUA